AAAUUCAUCUUAAAUUCUGUGCAAGCCCUAAGAAGUAACAGAGAAAAGAAAACAAAGAGGAAACGAGCAUUGAGUAGGUCUGCAAUUCCGCUUCCUUCUCUGUCGUCAAAAUGAGUACUAUGAAAUUUUGCCGCGAAUGCAACAACAUUCUGUACCCUAAGGAAGACAGAGAACAGAAGAUUCUUCUCUACGCAUGCCGCAACUGUGAUCAUCAGGAGGUUGCUGAUAACUAUUGCGUGUAUAGGAAUGAGAUACAUCACUCUGUUGGAGAGCGCACUCAAGUGUUGCAGGAUGUUGCUGCAGAUCCAACACUUCCUCGGACCAAGUCCGUUCGCUGCACUCAAUGCAAUCAUGGUGAAGCUGUCUUUUUCCAGGCAACAGCCAGAGGGGAAGAAGGAAUGACACUUUUUUUUGUAUGCUGCAACCCUAGCUGUGGUCACCGAUGGCGAGACUGAUGUUUAUGCUCCCUCAGAUCAAGGUUCAAUAUUGGGAAGAUUCAACAAACAAUUUUUUAUUUGUUCGGUUUUAAUUUAUUUUAGUAAAUCGU